CCCGAGCGGUAAAGAAGGACCCCAAAGGGCCAAGAUGGCUGCGCCCACGGUAGACGCCGGGGAGUUUGAAAGCUGGCUAAAUGAUCGGUUAGACUCGUUUGAAGUUGACCGCGAGGUGUAUGGGACGUACAUUUUAGGGAUUCUACAAGAAGAGGAGAGUGAUGAAGAGAAACAAGAUGCGCUUCAAGGAAUAUUAUCCGCAUUUCUGGAGGAGGACACCAUGGAGGAUGUCUGUAAAGAGAUCAUCAAGCAGUGGACAGAGUGUUGCAGUCGAUCCACCGCCAAAAGAAAUGCUGAUGAUGCUGAGGUGCAGGCCAUUGCCAGUUUGAUUGAAAAACAAGCUCAGAUUGUGGUGAAACAGAAGGAGGUGUCCGAAGAGUCGAAGAAAAGGAAAGAGGCCCUUCUUGCCCAGUACGCCACCAUAACCGAUGAAGAGGAUGAAGCAGAAGAAGAGGAGCCAGCAAGUGUGAACACCUUUACCGGAAAUGAUAAAUCCCUGUUCAAGAACACCAACGUGGAGGAGGUGAUGAACAGACAAAAGCAAAAGCGGGACCAGGCCCGUGAAGACGCUCAGAAGAAGAAGGAGAUGGACAAGAUGCAGCGGGAGAAGGACAAACUGGCCAAGCAAGACAGGAAAGAGAAGGAGAAGAAGCGUACACAGAAAGGUGAACGCAAAAGAUAAAACCAAAGGAAAGGACACUUUGUAUGUGAGAAGGUUUUGUUACGAGACAAAAGCGGUGGGGGGAAAAAAAUCUUUGCUUCUUUUUUUUUUUUGCUAAACCUUAUUGGGAACUUCAGUAUCUGAACAAUUACGAUUACUUUCAGUAUCUCGCGUGUAAAGAACAAUGAACUGGAUGCUGUGCAGAACCAAAAUCUAUAUGUUGAUUUUACAGAUUUAAUCAGGCACAGAAAUAGGUUGUCAAGGACUAAAGCUGAUGACCUUUAUUUGGCAACAGCUGGAAUACUAGCUUCUGUAGGUAGUAUUGUGAAAAGAAAAUGCACACUUCUCUCGAUAUAUUGUUUCUCUAGCAUGUGCGAUACAUGAUUUAGCCAAAUUUUGACUCUGAAAUUAACCUGAAACACAAAUCGGAUUAAUUACGGAAGAAGGGGAAUGCUUGUCAUGUAACUCAGUUUGCGUAACUAGACCGCGUCGGCAUCUGCAAGGCCUUUCAUUUCUGCACAACCACUGAGGCAAGUGCUGCUUUCAGUGUUACUGUCUACACGUUCUGACAGUAAAGGCAGAAAAGAGCAGAUGCUGACCUGUACCUCAAACAUAUCGUUUACCAUCCUUUGAAUGUUAAUAAAAAUGCAUCGGAAUCUUUCAGAAAUAAUAAAAGAUUUUCUGCAA